AUGUUCCCUCAAUUUGAGUCUUGGAGGUGGUUUUGGGAACGCUAGUGGCACUGGCACAUCGCACACAUGCGUUGAUAAAUGACCCGCAGUUACACUAGCUUCCCCUUCUCGGCGUCUUCUUCUUCCUCUCCUCAAUCUCCUGAACAAUUUAGAAUCACGAGACGAUUAUGACGUCACUUAUUUUAAUCAAUUGAAUCCAUUCAGUUAAAAUUAUGCAGUCUUAUCGCUUCUUAGGGCCCACACCUACCUACAUCGAUGGCUCUGCCUCAUUCACCACUCAUCGUGACCGUCCGAUUGGUUCCCUGCUCCUGCGUGACCGUCGAUUUUGCUCCUCCCUGGUGACGUCAGCCACCGCUCAUCAGAAUCACUACGCCGUGCUUGGUGUGUCUCCCGAUGCGUCCCCUGCCGAUAUCAAAAAGGCGUAUCGUACUCUUGCUCUCAAGUAUCACCCUGAUGUUAGCAAAGAGGCCCAAGCUGACGAGGUGUUUAAAAGCAUACGUCUGGCAUAUGAUACAUUAUCUAAUGAUACAGCUAGGAGACAGUAUGAUAGAGCAUUUCAAUUCGAAGAGAGCCCUGGCAGAUCCUGGGGGCAUAGCUGGGAUUUUGAAAUUGAAUUUGAAGAUGGAGUAAGGGUAUAUAGGUGGGCUGAUCUUAGGCGAAGAAUGCAACGGGAAAAAUACUGGGAACGGCGAUAUGGGGGAGUGGAUAAUUCGACAUAUGAUGAUGAAGACGAGAAAGAAGGAACUCCAAAUGAAGUGAGGGGAUCCUUUGGUGAAGUUCUCAAGUCUGCAUUCCUCUCUCUAUUUUUAAUGCAAACCAUUGGAGCCCGAUUAUCUCUUACGUUUAGCAGCCUCAUGGCUUUGCUUGACCAUAAGCUAGAUAGUGGAUAUAAGAUGGGUCACAUAAUUGCAUGGGUGUUGGGAGGGCAAACUGGUGUUUUACUUACUAUGUGCCUCACAUUUGCUAGUUGGGUUUGUGGAAAAACCAGCAGUAGUCUAGUUGCUGUAGUAGUUGUAGCUAUGUGGAUUGGCUCAAAUCUUGCACGAAUCGCCCCCAUUCCACAAGGUGCACUACUUACACUGAUUUACAUGUCACUUAAGUUGCAAGCUGAAGUAAACUAAAACAUGAAAUGUUCAGCUUUUGUAUUGUAAUGGUACUCAGGUCCUCUCACAAGCAGCAUGAGAAUUAGCAAGUGUAUUCUGCUGCUCUAGAGAUUAAAAUAUGUGUACAUAACCGCUAUGUUGUUUGGAAAUCAUAUGUCAUAGUAGUACAUAGUUGAUUGUUUCUA